AGGGGUCGAGGCGAGGGGGGUGAGAAGGAGCGGACAGGGAGCGGGUUGAUGUCGGCUUACUCGGCUAUCAUUGAAACAACAUCACCACCAUCACCGUCGUCGUUUAAUCUUUAUCGUUUCAAGCCUGCCCGUUGUUCGACGGGCAGUUUAAAUUUUAGUACGUUCUUUAUUUCUUUUAGUUUUUUUGUUGUUGUGUAAUUUGAACGCGUGGCGGGGUUGGUAAGGGAGGGAGGGGGGUUUGUGGGCUUUGCGGUGUGGUUUUAGUUUUUUAUUCGCAGUUUUGGUAGUUGGGCUGGUGUGGUGUUGCGUUUGGAACACAAAACAACCAAGCCAAUAAGUGAGCCUCUUGUCUCCGUCGACCCAGCAGCAACUUUUAAUAGGAGCCCCCCCCCCAACCACACCCCAAGUCGGUGGAGUUGCAGAGAACAUGGCCUGGAGUGGCCGCCCAUCAGUUGUGUGUCUCUAAAGAACGCGCCCGCCUGCUCAUGCCGCUGUCGGCGGCGCUCGGCCUGCACCCUCCUCACCCGGGAGCCGGUGGGGCCGGCGGCGGCGGCGGAGGAGGAGGCCCCGGCGGAGGAGGAGGCGGCGGCCUGGCUGGCCCGCACCUCCAGCCCGACGGCGAGGCCGCCGCUGCUGCUGCCGCGGCUGCGGCGGCCUCGAAGCGAGAGUUGGCGGACAUCCUUCAACAACUUGUGGGCAUCACGGACCAGAGCCUGGACGAGGCGCAGGAGAGGAAACAUGCUCUGAACUGUCACAGAAUGAAGCCCGCCCUUUUCAACGUGUUGUGCGAGAUUAAGGAGAAGACUGUGCUGAGCAUCCGCGGCGCGCAGGACGACGACCCCCCUGACCCGCAGCUCAUGCGGCUGGACAACAUGCUGCUGGCCGAAGGAGUGUCGGGCCCGGAGAAGGGUGGCCCGGGCGGCGGGGGAGGAGGCUCGGCCGCGGCCGCGGCGGCCGCCGCGGCGGCCAUCGCCCACCCCGGCGGCUCGCCCGGUGACGGCUGCAUCGAGCACUCGGACUACCGCGCCAAGCUGGCGCAGAUCCGGCAGAUUUACCACUCGGAGCUGGAGAAGUACGAGCAGGCGUGCAGUGAGUUCACGAACCAUGUGAUGAACCUCCUGCGGGAGCAGAGCCGCACGCGGCCCAUCUCUCCCAAAGAGGUGGACCGCAUGGUGUCCAUCAUCCACCGCAAGUUCAGCUCCAUUCAGAUGCAGCUCAAGCAGAGCACGUGCGAGGCCGUCAUGAUCCUGCGCUCGCGAUUCCUUGACGCGCGGAGGAAGCGUCGGAACUUCAGCAAGCAGGCGACGGAGGUGCUGAACGAGUACUUCUACUCGCACCUCAGCAACCCGUACCCCAGCGAGGAGGCCAAGGAGGAGCUCGCCAAGAAGUGCGGCAUCACCAUGUCGCAGGUAUCCAACUGGUUUGGGAACAAGCGCAUCCGCUACAAGAAAAACAUCGGCAAGUUCCAGGAGGAGGCCAACGUUUACGCGGCCAAGACGGCCGUGUCGGCCACGGGCCCUGGGGGCCCUUACGACAGCCCCGAGGGUUCCCCGCCCACCCCCGACUCGGCGGAUGGGUUCCCGUCUCCGUGCUACCAGUCGGAGGGGAGGAUCCCGUGAGCAGAAACUGCCACGUACCAGCAGGUCCUGUGCCCUGGCUCGCGAGAGGAUGACGAUGAGUGGCAAGGGGCUUCUCCUUACCCGCCUGCCCCCCCCCCGCCACCUCCCGCUCCCUCCCACCGCACCACCCCCACGAAGCCGCCCCCCCCCAACCCCCUGCCCCAACCCUCCCCCGAUUCUCUACCGGGACACCGGCUCAACUCCUCCGCAAGCGAGGGAAAGGGGCCCGCUCGCUCGCUCGCUCGCUCACCAAAAACCACCAAAACUAACCAAACCAAACCGACGCACGAACGGACGAGGGAAGCGGUGGCAUUGGCGUCGCCGUUCCCCCCACUCCCGACGCUUUCUCUCGGACUCUUCGUGUGUAGCAUGGGGGGGGGGGGGGCGGCGGGUGGGGGUGCGUCAUAGCGGAUUCCUGCACGCGCGACAAAAAACCUGUCAAAAUAAAAGCGUGGCUGCACCGUACCCCACCCCCCACCACCCACCACCCCCCUCUGCCGCCCCCCGCCCCCCCCCCCCCCCCACUUUGACCAUUUCAUGGGACAGGAUUGUUUUUAGGUGGUGGUUUUUGUUUAUUUCAUCUGGAGCCUUUCGUUUGCUCACGGUGGGACGGGGGCAGAGAGAGUUUUUUUUUUUAACUGUGCUCACGUCAAGAGCUGUUGAAAACGAGCUUAACAGUUACACUUGCAUUUUAAAAAAAAGAAGAAAAAUUAAGGGGGUUUUCCUUGACGUACUGUUACAUUUUUGCUAACUGUUUGAACUUGUUUUGGCGUCGUUAAUUUCUUUAUUGGGUGGGAGGGAGAGGUUUGGAAUGAUCAUGUUUAGCCAGCCGGCGUGUGGCAUAAACAUUUAGGCAUUGUAUGCUUAUAUAUAUAUUUUUUUCUUUUCUUAGUGAAUUUAGACGGAAAUGCAUUAUUUUCUUGUUACAGGAACGACUGUGGGAUGCCUCUUCAACGAGCCCGCUGUAUUCGUGCGGAGUGCCGUCACAGUAAUAGUUCCCUCUUCCCUCCUCCCCCGCCAACUCCGGCGGUGCUGCAAGGGCCUCCCGUGUGGUGGCGGGGUGGGGGGGGGGGCGGGGGGCGGACCUUUUGUUGCGACGGCGCGCUGCCCUCAAUGUCUGUGCAUCGUGUCACUUAGUCGUGGGCGUUAAUAAGUCUCGGGAUAACGCGCCCGCGUGUUCUCGUUUUCAAAAGUUCUUAAAGAAACGUGCGCGUGCUCUUAUGUGUGCGUCUUGCACUCGUGUGUGACUUGCCAGCGGAGGGGGUGGGAGUGGGGGGGGGGGGCUGGCGGGCGGGCGGGCGGGCCGUUUUGUUUACAAGCCGUCAUUGUCGAGUUAAAAAAAAAAUACGACGAAAAAAAUGACGGGAAAAUCUGGAGAUGAACUUGACCUUCGCGACCGCUAAAGUAGUUUGGACUUUCCCAACCGCUAAAGUUUGGGCCUUCUCGGCGGCCGCUGACGUCGCCGCCGCUUGUGAAAACGACGAUCGGUCGGGGAAAUGGCUCCCCCCAAUUCCCCCCCCCACCACCCCCCCCGCCCCCCCCCCCCCCCCGGAGCGUGUGAAGGUCUUGGGCUCGCGUGCAUACGGUGACAAGAAAGCGUCGCACACACACUACCUCCUGUAACACAGCCUCGCGCAGACCUCCCGAGAUCACGCUGGACUGCUGUGACAGCCGACUCGGUGCGCCCCCCCCCCCCCCCAACUCCGCUUUAGUAAAAAAAAAGAGAAAAAGAAUGAAAAAAAAUUUCGGUAAGAAAAACUUCAAACCGCGCCUUUUUUAUUUUCUGUUCUUCGCGCUUCACGUCCUCCAAGUCGCUCUUGCCGGACACGGAUUCGGUCGGACCCCGCCCGCGUUUCCGCGCACGCCUCGCCGCUUGCGUCUCUCUCGCUGUCUCUCCUCUCGCUACCAAGGUCUUAAAACUGCGCAUGCACGGAAGAAGAAGAAGCCGGCGCGAAUCCCUGACAUCCGGAGGGGAUGGCGUCGCCUAGAGGUGUCCCGUCCGCGUGGCUUACUGUCGCGUGGGGGCCCGCGAGGCCUCUCUACGCGGGCCCCUCCGCGGGGGCCCUCUAUCCCGUUCAGCGCGGGAACCGCUCGGCCGCGUGUUUCGGCUUUUCUGCCGCUGCGUCGCUUCCGCCGUGCGCGAUCUUUGGGGGGGCUUCGGGGGCACGAGUAAAAGCGGCAGCCCCGAGCGGUUCUACAAAGUCGUGUGGCCCUCGGUAGAAGUUGGCGUUCUGUGCUUUUUUUAAAGUCUUUUCUCUUUUCUCCCUCCCGUGUUUUUUUUGUCGCUCACCGCACCGCGGGACCCCGCGUGUUUUUCUUUUUUUAAUGCGAGGAUCCGCAAGUGAAGUGCGACGAACCGGGAUUGUGAAAAAUUACUUUUUUUUACUUUGCUGUCUUUUUAAAAAAAAACUAUGGUCCCCCCUCCACCCCCCCGCCCCCCCCCCCCCCAAUCUGCUUUGUCCUUGCCGCCUUUAUCAUAAUAAUUGUUUUGUUUCUUUUAAACCGAGUCCACGGGUCUGCUCUGGACGAGGUCGUCCCGGACACGCUUGGGGGGGAGGUGGGGAGGGUGGCAGGCGCUGUGCCGGCAAAAAACGAAAUGUCGUCCUUGGCGGAUGACUUGUUGAAAAACAGAAAAACCUAAAAAAAAACACAGCAACGAUGCUUCACAUUUCUGCCUGUAAAGUCAAACUUAAAUGUUCAUUUUCGUUCUUCGUUUUUUUUUUGCGUUGAGUUGAAAGCCGUACGCUCGUUCGGGAUCGUGGACGAGUUUGUGGCGUUGUCGUUCUAUGGGUGGGGGCAUCCACCAAGUUUCGUCCGUGAUUGAUGGCGGCGGGCGGUGGGGGUGGGAGCCGCGGGGGCCGCGGGGGGCUCCGUCGCUCGCUCGUGAACCCUCCCGACGAUUUCAUCGCCGGAGCGAAGAACGUGGGGGGUGGGGGGGGGGUUGUUGUCCCCUUGCCGCCGUCGUCCUCGCACCGUCGUGAGAUGCUCGCACGACGCCGGAUCCGCUCUGGGAGCGUUUGGGCCACGUUGCGCGAGGCUCCCCGCUCCUCCUGCUCGUGUUUAUAAUUUCUGCCGAUGUUAAACUAAGGGCGGGGGGCGAAUUGGGGGGGGGUUACCUUGAGCGUGCGUUGUUAUUUUGGUUUUGCUCUCUUCCCACCCCCCACCCCCCACAUGUUUAUGUUAUAACACGUGUAGCGAGUUGUGUCUCCACCUUUUUUUUCGUCUGUUACGUAGCCUGUCCCCCGUGUCGGCACCCGCGGUUGUGUCGUUCCUGCCUGGGGUUUGACAGCAAGCAGUGGGGGGGGAGCGGGUGGUCACACCCCACCACGACGACGCCGAUGUGGGCUCGAGCGACGACCCCUCCCUCCCCGCCGGCCGGCGUUCUCCCCAUCUCGGUCUAAAGCGGUGGCAUCUGCGUCCGUUUUUUUUUUGGGGGGGGGGGGGAGAUCUCAAAUUGAGUAUCCCGUGACCAAAAGCACGUUUGACCCCUCUCCCAUACAAGAAAACAAAGUGCUGCAUUUCCUGCUCAAAGCAACCACUCGGAGUUUCUUUGCCCAGGAGGUGGUGGUGGGGAGGGGGGGGUGGCGGUGGUGUGACGGCGAGGCACUUGCGACGUCCGUCUUGAAAUUUUCCGACGACGGAGCGACGGUUCAAUCUCAGCGGAGCCGGCAGCGAUGGCGCUGGGAUUAACUUUGCGGCAGGGCACCCCCCCCCCCCCCCCCCCCCCGGGCUCUCCUACAAAACAAAAUAAUGUUCUGUCCACGACGCCAUCGGUUUGAUGUGGCCCCGCCCCGCCUCCGUUUCCGUCCGGUCACCGGUAAUCGCGGCGAGCGUCGGUAACGGCGCCUCGAUGGCAGUGCCACACCGGCGUGGGGCCUCGCCAACAUCGGCGUGUCGACGAUCCUUGCCACCGCGCGAUUCUCACCGGGUUAAGUGUCUCUGUGCCGGCCCCCCCCCCCCCAUCCGCUUCCUCUGCCCGCCCACCACAGACUGUGGCCAAGCAAGAGCCCAUCCCCCCACCUCAGCCCCCCCCUCCCCUCCCAGCUCGAAAAACAAAACAGAACCGCGACGUUGUUGGUGGUGGUGGCUGCCCCAAAGCCACCGUCACCGGCAGGGCCACCGUGGCUCCUAACCAUAGCUUGGUGGAUUGUAAUACUUGUACCUAUUUUAUAUUGUUAUAAGGUCGUCAGAAGUUGUCAUUGCAAUACCAAAAAAAAAA